GUGCACACACAGCUGCUCUCCUCUCCUCACCAUCAUGACCAUCAAUAAUCUGCAGCAAGGGAAGAACUACAAAGUGCAGAUGUCAUGUCUGACCAAGAUGGAGCGUCUCAUUGUGGCCAUGCAGGACCCAGAUGUUGGCAUGAAAAUGAGAAACCAACGCUUGCUGAUCACGGUUAUCCCGCACGCCAUGACAGGUAACGAUGUUGUGGAGUGGCUCAUACAGAAGUUGUCCAUCAGUGAUGAAGAAGCGCUGCACCUUGGAAAUUUGCUAGUCAAGUAUGGUUACAUUUAUCCUCUGAAGGACCCCAGGAACCUUGUUCUUAGAGCAGAUGAUUCCCCCUACAGAUUUCAGACCCCAUAUUUCUGGACCACCAAUAAAUGGCCCGCCACAGAGUUGGACUAUGCAAUUUAUCUGGCAAAAAAGAAUAUCAGGAAACAAGGAGACCUGGUGGAGUAUGAGAAGGAUAAUUAUAAUCAGCUGCACAAGCGAAUUAACCACACCUGGGACUUCGUCGUGAUGCAAGCAAGAGAGCAAAUCAGGGCCGCCAAACAGCGCCGCAAAGGAGACCGGAUUGUGAUAGAGUGUCAGGAGCAGGCGUACUGGCUCGUUAGCAAACCAUCGCCGGGAUGUCUAAAUGUGAUGGACCGUGGGCCUGAGAGGGGAAACUGCUACACAGGAGCAAUGCCACUGGGAAGAAAUGUUGAUUAUUACAAAAGGGAGGUGGAGUACCUCAAAAAAGCCACGGCACGUACGAGAGUGAAAUCUUCUAUCUGUCUGGAAGGGUUUCUGAAGUUCAGUGAGCAAUAUCUCCCUCACGAUCCAAUUAUGUCUGGCUGCCUUCCCAGUAACCCAUGGAUCACGGAUGAUGUCAUGUACUGGACAAUGAAUGCCCUCAUGGCCCCAAUGCCGACUAAACUGCGAGUGGAGCGAUGGACUUUUAAUUUCAUGGAGCUCUUGAAUGACCAACGUGGCCGGAAGGAGUUUUUGCAGUUCUUGGAGAAAGAAUUUAGUGCUGAAAAUCUGUAUUUUUGGGAGGCGUGUGAGGAGUUACGAUAUGGGGAGCAGUCCAAAAUGGUGUCUACAGUGCAGUCCGUCUAUGAGCAUUUUUUGGCCCCUGGAGCAACUCGCUGGGUAAACAUUGACAGCAAGACAAUGGAGAAGACUUUAGAAGGUAUAAAGAACCCUCAUCGUUAUGUGUUAGAUGAUGCCCAAAUGCAUAUCUACAUGUUGAUGAAAAAGGAUUCCUAUCCCCGAUACCUGAAAUCGGAAAUGUACAAGAGUCUUCUUGGCCAAGCCUUCAUCCCUCCUGAGACAAAGAAAGGCGUAUUCCCCUUUAUGAGACGGCAGCGUCACUCCAGCCCGAGCCCCGUGUUCCUCUUUCCACCAGGAGAUCAAGAUCCAAAGACAGAUGGAGAAAGCAAGUCCGGUUCUCCGGCUGCCGUGUCCCAGCUGUCCCCUUUAAGCAGUCCCUUGGCUAAAUUACCCGGAAACCUCUUACCUGCUUGUCCUGAAGAGAGACUGUCCUGUUCCCUGCACGGCACCUCCUCUUCUCGCCUGGAAGCCUCUCCCACCUUCCCAUUUCCGAGCGCGAAUGGCUCUGAGAGGAAAAAAAUUCCCCUGGAAUGCCAAAUCUAUAUAGCGGAUAAAGUCUUCACUGCCCAGCCAGAUUCCCGGAUAUCACAGAAGGAGGAGGACACAGAGAGUUUAGAGUCUUCCACUGUAUUUUGAUGCUGCCUCGGCCUUCUUCAGGUGCCUUUAUACAGGGGGUGAUGUGCGGCCUGUAAAUAGUCACUCUGCACAUGGUGGACGUCGGUGUAUAAUAACAUUAUUAUUAUUACCGCUACAUAUCUAUAUGACGCGUAAUAAACCUAACUUAUUAUGAA